UGCAGCAGCGAUGGAGGGCAAGGAGGAGGACGUGCGGCUCGGGGCGAACAAGUACUCGGAGCGUCAGCCCAUCGGCACGGCGGCGCAGGGGUCCGAGGACAAGGACUACAAGGAGCCCCCGCCGGCGCCGCUGUUCGAGCCCGGCGAGCUCAAGUCCUGGUCCUUCUACCGCGCCGGCAUCGCCGAGUUCAUGGCCACCUUCCUCUUCCUCUAUGUCACCAUCCUCACCGUGAUGGGCUACAGCGGCGCCACCUCCAAGUGCGCCAUCGUCGGCAUCCAGGGCAUCGCGGUUCCGGCCACCCCAAUCUCGCGCGCACGACCACCAUCCUCCGCUCCCUGCAGAAAUCCCUCGCCGCCGCUCUUGUGCUCAGGCCGAAUCUCAACACCAACCGACGCCCCAUCCUCCUCUCCCUCCCGUAUCCGGUGCUAA